GCCAGCAGAGAUGAACAACAAGACAACACAGAAGAGAUGCAACACAAAAACAAAAGGACACGGCAAAUCUCGAUCAUUCCUCUUCUGAUCAACCUCAGAUUCACUCUCAGACAUGCCCUCUAUCAGAUCAAGGGGGAAGGCGUGUCAUUGCCAUGGCAUCAGAAGUAUUUUUGAGUGGCUCCAUUUCUGUGAAUUCACAACCCUCCAAAACCUCUCAGGUGAGCAGACAGAGUGUUUGAGUCAACACAACAGAGUUGUUCUCUAGUUGAGAUUCUUUCACUUUCUUUCUGUGAGCUCACGCUGGGGACAAACUGAGACAGACACACGGACGGACACAUAUACCGUAUGGACAUAAAACUGGAGUGCAGUAUGUCUUUGGAGACUUUGGUUAGCGGAGGCAUCGUGAACAGAAGAAGAAAUGGAGAGUGACACUGCAGAGGCACAUAUUGGCUUUGUCUUGGCACCUUGUUGAAGCUGUUGUAAGAGGGCAUUGAAGGUAGCACCACAACUGGUUUCCAUUACUGUAAGUAGCUGCAUUCUUGUAAAUUCUCAACCCUACACAAGUCAACACAGAGGAGUUGUGGUGUUGAGUUGAGAUUCGCAGGGCUGACUUGUUGUAUGUUCAACCACCAUGAGGGACAAACUGGACAUCCUGGCCCUGGUGUUGGGCUCUCUGGGGUUCAUCUGCCUGGCAUACAGUGUACUCCUUCCAAGAUGGCUUGUCUCUGACUCUCGCGGGAUAGGUCCAUGGAUGUCGUGGCACUGGGGCGCGAAGGGGCUACAGUGUACGCUGCAUGGUGAUAUCUUACUGGGCAUGUCCAUCCCACUGUGGAUCGGAACCGCACUUGCCCUCAGUGCUGUCUUGAUGUCUGGCUUCGCUCUGCGUGGCACCAAAUGCUGUGGCGUGAACGUGCAAAAGAAGCUGUUUGCAGGUGGCUGCCUGUACCUGCUAUCCUGCUGGGUGGCACUGGGACCAGUCAUCUGGGCCACAUACAUCAUUGGGAUUAAUGGGUUCAAAGUCACAGACACAGGAGAGUGUCUGUACCUGGCCUGGAUAUCUUUGGGGCUCCUUUUGGCAGUUGGGGUGCUGCAACUGCACCGCUACUCCCCCUGCAGACGGAAAGAGGAAGUGUCACACAACUGCACCCCACCUCUGGAGCACGAGGAUGAGGAAGAGAGGUACGGAGAGGAGAGCGUCCACUUUUUAAAACCUGAGACGAUAUGGGAGAGAGGAAAGCAGGAGAUGGUGUGUUUGAACAAGUAUGAAAGGACAGCAGGAGACAAUGUGACUGAACCAACACGAAAGGGCAGCAAGAGACAAUACGUUUGA